AGCCUGGUCGAUCUCCAACCACCUGCAUUGACUCACGCUGUCACGCACACAUGCAGCCUGCUAGCUUUCUCCACUGCCCAGUGCCCACUCGCUCACUUGAUCCGUCGGGUUCCCGCUAUAUAAGCGUGCGGCGUCCUUCGCUCCGAGCAUCAACACAGCAGCAGCAACAGAUCAAUUCACUUCCAUUCGGUGUCUCAUGGGGAGGGUGGCGAGGCGUGUGCGGGGAAUGGCGCUCGCGGUAUUGGCCGUGGCGCUGGUUCUCGGGGUGGCCGUGCAGGCGCGGUUCCUUGAGACCCAGAAUUUGGGUGGUGGCGGCGGCUUCGGCGGAGGUGCCGGUUUUGGCGGUGGUGCUGGACUCGGUGGAGGAGGUGGUGCGGGCGGUGGGCUUGGCGGAGGGCUUGGUCAUGGUGGGGGGCUUGGCGGUGGAUUUGGAGGUGGGAAGGGUGGAGGUCUUGGUGUAGGCAGUGGUCUUGGAGGAGGAGGUGGGUUUGGCGGGGGUGGUGGAGCGGGUGGCGGGCUCGGUGGAGGGCUUGGACAUGGUGGUGGCCUCGGAGGUGGCGGAGGUCUUGGUAGUGGAGGUGGCCUAGGCGGUGGAGCGGGUGGUGGUUUGGGCAGCGGAGGCGGUCUUGGUGGAGGUGCUGGCGCAGGUGGUGGUGCUGGAGGAGGUCUCGGUGGUGGUGCAGGAGGAGGGCUUGGAGGUGGUGCUGGAGGUGGCCUAGGUGGAGGGGGCGGCCUUGGUGGCGGUGCAGGUGGUGGGCUAGGCGGUGGAGCUGGAAGUGGUCUCGGUGGAGGGAGUGGCCUUGGUGCCGGUGGAGGUGGUGGUUUUGGUGGUGGUGGUGGUGCCGGUGCUGGUGGCGGCUCUGGAAUAGGUGGUGGAUUCGGAGGAGGCAAAGGUUUUGGCGGAGGCCUUGGUGGAGGUAGCGGUGGAGGGUUCGGUGCUGGUGGUGGAGCAGGAGGCGGUGGUGCCGGAGGUGGUGGCGGUCUAGGUGGUGGCUCCGACGUAGGUGGCGGAUUUGGGGGAGGCAAAGGUUUUGGUGGUGGUAGCGGCGAUGGGUUUGGUGCUGGUGGUGCAGCAGGAGGCGGUGCUGGGGGAGGGUUUGGCGGUGGUGCCGGAAGUGGUGGCGGAGGUGGUGCAGGGUUCGGCGGAGGUGCGGGAGGAGGCGCUGGCUUGGGUGGUGGAGGUGGUGGAGGUUUCGGCGGUGGCGCUGGUGGUGGCCACUGGUGAGGCGUAUGCAUCAAUACAUCGGGUCUUAAAAGGAAGUGCGAUGCAGAUAAAUACUAAGUAUAUAUGACUGAGUAUUAUGCUUGUAUGUUUAAUUGAACUCUACAGUCUUUGUUGUGUGCUUACAAUUACUUAUUCAUCUUGUUCGUAAAGGAAUAAACAUAUUGAGAAGUUACGUUUGCAUUGGUCA